GUAGACACAAAGAGGUGUCAGCAGUGUACGAGUCCAUUCAGAAACACUAACCACAAAUGUAUUUCAAUUGGGUUUGAUUGCAGUAGUUUUUCUGUUGUUGUGUGCAGCGCUGUAGUUACACUUCAGUUGGUGACGCUGACGUUACCAAGGGCUGCAAACAUUUUAGCUGGCUAGCUAGCUUGCUAGCUAGCAGCAACUUACACACCUAUCAUUGAUUUGUGUCUUUGAAGGAGGAGGCAUAUGGACCGAAAUGUAUUUGCCUGCAUGUUGUGGCCACAAUACUGCUGAUUUGCACAACACAACAUGUCCUUAUCAAUGGGGAACACCAUGCACUCCUCAGAAGCACUUCGGGAAUUCCAAGCAAAAGAGAGAAAGACCAGAGCCAGUCUCAAGAAGUGCCUCUCUCGUGCCCUCUCAGAGGAUUUCACAAGGUUGCUGUCGGAGGAGCAGGAAGCAGAUGUCACUCUGUGUGUGGGCGCGGCCCGUCUCCGGGUGCACAGGGCGCUGCUGCUGGCCAGGGCUGCUCACCUGCUGAAGGGCGUGGCUCCCGGCCAAUCAGAGGUCAGCCUGGAGGACUGCGAUGCUGCCGAACUCAGAGAGUUCAUCCGGAGGGUAUACUCAGCUGACCAUUGCCCAGGGAAAAUCAAAGGGCUACCAGAGGGGGUGCAAGUGAACGGGGUGCAUGCCGACGUGCCUGAUUACCUGGACUCCACCUCCUGCUCAGACUCAGACACGGUGGUCCUGGAGCCGGCGUCUGGGCUCGGAGGUGACCUGCUGGCUCUCUACGAGAGCGGAGACGCAUGUGACAUCACUAUCCAGGUCGGAGAGAAGCACUUUUCCGCCCACAGGGCUGUUUUGUGUGCACGCUCCCAGUACUUCAGAGCCAUGCUGUGCGGGAGCUGGAUGGAGAGUUCGAGACAGAGCAUCACACUCCAGGGCCUAGGUCCAGAUGAAAUGGACGUGUUACUUCACUUUAUGUAUGGCGCCAUUCUGGAUUUGCCGCCAGGGACCAACAUCAGUCAGGUGGUGAUGGCAGCAGACAUGCUGGGGCUGGAGGGGCUGAAGGAUGUGGCUGAAAUGGUGCUGACACGUGAUUACUGCCGCUUCUUCCCCAAGCCUGUGGAUGGAGUGCAGAAGACCAUCUUGGAGUGCCUGUCCAUCUGCCAGUCCAUCGGCCUGCACAGCCUUUACAACUCAUGUCUGAAGUGGCAGGCAGAACAUUUUGUCAAGUGCUGGUGUGAAAGGAGCUUUGCCCUGCUGCCGCCAGACCUCCAAAGAGACUGCCUUAAUGCUGUGGUACGAUCCAUGACCGUGCAGACUGCAGUGACGGUGCUCUGCGGGAGCGAGCAGUUGAUUGGCUGUUUGCCAGAGGUGAAGUGGGCGAGGCAGGUGCUGAGUCUUACCAAUGAGCUUCAAGAGCAAAGCCUGCAUCUGAUCGUCACUUACCUGCCGCAGGUCACACGUACACAGGCCUUCCACACCUUCCGCAGGAGAGAGACGUUCACCCAGGACCCAGCUCUGCUGCGUAAGCUGUGUGGGGCGGUGCGGGAGGCGGUUGUCGUGGAGAACUGCUGCGAGCUGUUUGUGGCCGUGCAGCAGCUGUGUGGCGACGCCUACACGUCCGGCCCCGAGGACACGGACACGGACACACUACUGGCCGCCUGCGCCUCCGCCUCUGGCCCCGACCACCCCGAGGAUCAUGAGGAAGUGGAGCCAUUCAGGCGAGAGGUGCGGGCUCUGCGCUCAAAGCUCUGGACCUUCCUGCUCCAGUCGUACUUCGCCGUGCGCCACACCAAGGGAUGGGAGAGCCUGCCGGCACGCCACCGCGAGCGGAUUCAAGCAGCUGCGCUAGAUAAGGGAGACGGCAAGAGACUCAGCAAAAAGCCUGUUCUCACCAGCUCUCAGCAAAGGCGUGUGAAAUGCGCCUCAGGUCCUGAGUCGCCGUCUGAGAGCCCCCCCCCACACCGGCCCCUCCGGGCCUCCAGACCCCCUCAGCGACCCUCCUCUUCCUCCCCCUCGUCACCGGCUGCCCGGAGCAGCAGCGGCAUGAAGUCGGACGGCCUGGGCACCCCCGCCCACACCUCCCCGGCAGGCAGGGGCUCUGCGGCUGGCCGGGCCAGCAACGGGGACUCCCUGCGGGCCAAGAGCGACAAGGCCCGGGCCCCCGCCGACCGGAGCGCCACCGCCAAAGCCAAGGCCACCUCCUCGGCCGCCACCGCCAGCAAACCAGUCGUCAACGGCACGGCAGCAGCAGCAGCACGGAGGGCGGAGGGCGGCGCCACUGCCAACGGGCCCAAGGGGUCACCCACGGCACGAGCAGGGGCCUCGAGGGACGCUCAGGACAAGAAGCUCGCCACCACCAGCGCAGGCGCCAGGUCCAAAGCAGCGGCGUCCACGCCGGGCGCCACAGCGGGUCCCAACAGGACGGCCAAGUCCUCCAAGCCGAGCGCCGCCAGCAAGGAGUCUCCCUCGGGCACCGAGGCCCAGCCGACACCCUCCACGUCGGGCAGCGCCUCCCCGGACAACAGCUCUGGGAGCCUCCGCCACAACGGCAGCCAGUCGGCAGCAGGUCUCAGGCCCAAAACACAAGCCAAGGUCAUGUCCAAAACCACGCUGAGCAAAACCAGCCUGAAAGCCGAGGCGGACAAGACAAGCAGCCCUAGCAACAGUGCCACUGGGAGGGAGGCCAGCAGAGCCAAGAGCGGAGCAGCCAGCAGGCCCACCACAGCCCCCUCUGCAGGCCGGACGGAGAGCAAGGGCCGGACCUCAGCCGCCUCCGGCUCCACUGACAACCACGUGGCGAGACCAAGCUCGGCGCCCAGCGCCAGGAAGCCGGCCUCCCCCAAGAAAGAGGAGGAGAAGGACGCCGUCAAGCGCCGCGUGGCCAAGCCUGCCCCGGCCACAGCCGCCAGCAGAGCCGCCAAAGCCCCCGCCGCCUCCUCCUCCAAGACCUCCUCCGCCUCCAGCAGCAAAGCCACGCCAAAGGCCAAGGGCUCCGCCGAGGUGCCGAAAGCAGCCGGGCAGGCUAAAGGCGCCGUCACGGCCAAGAGGAGCGCAGCCACAGCCAAGGAGACCAGCAGCUCCAAGAACUCCGAGACCAAAGCGGCUGCGUCUCAGUCCAGCGUCACGGCGGCAGCCAAGCCAGGUGCGACGGAGGAGCAGGGAGAAGGUUCUGGAAAAACUCCAGUGCUCUCACAAAUCAGCACAUCAGCAGCAGGGUCUGUCAGCACAACAGAGGCCAGUCCGGAGCACCAGACGGCUGCCGAUCAGCAGACGCUCCCUUCUGCGGUCGCCUCCAACAUUCCUGCCCAACCGGCCAGCGCCGCUGACCAGUCCGGUAGCCAAUCAGCACACCAGAAAGCUGCUCCUCCUCAGCAGCGCUCCACGGACUCCUCGGACGCUCCCGCUCCUCCCCCCGCCGACACCCCCAGCAGCCUGGCCAGCCUGGGCAGCACGCCGCAGGAGGAGUCGUGGAGCGGUGGCGGCGGUGGCCCGCGCCGGCCCCAGCUCCAGGCCAGCCCCGAGUCGGAGUCGGCCAGCGCGGCCAGCACCUCGUCGGACGACAUGAAGCCGCGCUCGGAGGACUACGACGCCGGCGGCUCGCAGGACGACGACUGCUCGCAGGGCCGCGGCGAGGGCGCCUGGCGCUGCGGCACCAUGCGCUGCCCGGACUUCCUGGGGCGCAGCAGCAGCGACACCAGCACGCCCGAGGAGCUGAAGACGUGCGAGGGCCCCACGGCGCCGGCAGGGGGCCCGCUCCGCGUGGAGGUGCGGCUCAGGGGCCGCGAGCCCGACACCACCAGCGAGGAGGAGGUGGCGGCCGCCGCCAGGAGGAGAGGAGGAGGAGGAGGCGCCGGGGCCGCUGGAAGGCCUCGCUCGUGGUUGGCCGGCGGUGGCGACGACACCCCCACGCAAGAGCAAGAGGAUGUGCCCACGAUUGACCUCGGGGAGAUGAAGAGCGUGCCAGACCAUCAGCUCUUCUCAUCCGAGGAGGAGGAAGAAGAGGAAGAGGAGGAGGAGUCUGAGGAGGAGACAUCUGAGGUGGAGGUGGUGCGGGGGGGAGGAGGAGGAGCGGGAGGAGUGGGGCCUGCUCAGGCCGAGCCCUCGCCCCAGUUCCAGGGCAUCAUCAACCUGGCCUUUGAGGACGCUGCUGAGCAGGAGAACCAGUUCCAGAUGGCUCCUUCCUCCGCCGCCGCGGCCGCUGGCACCACAGGCUUCCGCCGCUCCGUGCUGCUCUCCGUGGACGAGUGCGAGGAGCUGGGCUCCGAGGAGGGGGGCGCAGGCGACGUCUUUGAGGCCCCCGCCAACAACCACACCGACCCGGCCAGCCAAGACACUGAGGCCAAAGGGGUGGUGUUCCUGACCGAGGUCCAGGAGCCUGCUCAGGGGGAGGGCAGCAGGGACGGGCAGGACCCGCCUCCGCAGGAGAGGCCCUGCCACCUGGACCUCAGGCACGCUGAGCAGUACCGCGGCAGCAGGCCCUCCGACAGCACACAGCGGGCUGAGCUUCGGCUGGACUUACCCGAGCCGCCGCAGCACACAGCCAGCUCCCCCUCCCAGGCCUCCCACUCCCCUGCAGGGGACUUUGAUGCUUGUGACAGAUUGGAUCAAAGCUGCACUCAUAGUCGCCGUCCAUCCAAAGCCCUCUCUCCCAUCUACGAGAUGGACGUGAGCGAGGCCUUUGAGCAGAACUUGGAUGCAGAGGGGAACACUGACGGGGACUCGAACAUCACAGGACAGCAGGGUGUGGAGCGAGAACCGGAAGAGGAGGAGGAGGAGGAGGAAGGGGGAGGAGAGAACGAGGCGGAGAACCAGGUGGACGAGGAGGCUGACGAAGAGGAGAACAGCCAGUUUGCGGAGCGGGACUGGCGCCUCCUGCGGCAGCUGCUGACCGAGCAGGAUGCCAGCCUGGGCGUCAUCAACUCAGUGCCUGAGGACCUGAACCUGGCGCAGUACCUGAUCAAGCAGACGCUGUCGCUGUCACGUGACUGCCUGGCCCAGCACGCCUUCCUGCCGCACGAGAAGGAGAGCUUCAAGCGCUGGGCCGAGCUCAUCUCGCCGCUGGACGAGUCCACAGCCAGCAUCACCGUCACCAGCUACUCGCCUGAAGACGCCGCGUCCCCGCAGGGAGAGUGGACCAUCCUGGAGCUGGAGACUCAUCACUGACCGCCCCCUCCCCACCCCCCUACUACCCACACCCCCCAUCCCCCACCCCCCAAAAGAACUAUCUGUAACCCUGGCAGAGGCAAGAGAGCACCUUACUCUUGUCAUCUCAAAACACAUUUCCCAACACCCAAACUGUCCUUUAAGAGACAUUCUCAUAGUUCUAUCUCUGGACUGGUACUGACCCUUUAGGUCUGUAGACUCUCUGGGUUGCUAUCCUGGGAUGAGAGCUAGGCCUAGUCUUUCUCUGAACUCCAUCUGUGUUGAGAUAGUCCAUUAACAUCAGGGUUUAGAUCAGGACUAGGCUCAAGUUCUUUGGCCAUGACAGUAGCCAGUAUAUCAGUUGAAGUUCAUAUCGAUCCGUUUGAAAGGCUCAUUCUUUUUUUCGAUGAGUCACUUCUGUUGUUUAUUUAUGUACGUUUGUUUGUUUGUUUGUUUGUUUAUGGACUUCGAAGCCGCAUCUCAUGCCACUUUGCCCAGAACCCGCUGUGCUUCUCCUCUUGAAAGGUUCUCCUUAUUGAAAAAAACGGACAGAUUGUCGCCGAGGCAACUUGUUUUGCAUGCAGACAUUUUUGUAAUUCAGAAUUGUUUACUUGGUGUUUGCUUCAGUCUUUAUUAGAAAACCAAAAGAAAAAAGACGAGAUGUAUGUCUUUCUCAUGGCGUUGGUUAGAUGGCAUUUGCUAGAAAAUAAAGAACAUGUAGAUGGCCUGUUGGUUUACAUUUCACUGUUGUGAUGAAGCCAAUAAAAAAUGUGGUUUCAACUAUGUAA